AUGGGCGCAGGACAGAGCCAGAUCCUGGAGGACAUGGAGAAGAAUACGAAUUUCUCUGCUGCUGAGAUCCAGCGACUGAAGAAGCGGUUCAUGAAGCUCGAUAAGGACGGUUCAGGCUCGAUCGACAAGGACGAGUUCCUCCAGAUCCCGCAGAUUGCGACCAACCCGCUCGCAAGUCGAAUGAUUGCCAUCUUUGACGAAGACGGCGGCGGAACGGUCGACUUCCAGGAGUUUGUCGCCGGCUUGAGCGCGUUCAGCAACCGAGGAGGGCGGGACGAGAAGCUCAAGUUUGCAUUCAAGGUGUACGACAUGGACCGGGACGGCUUCAUCUCGAACGGCGAGCUGUUCCUCGUGCUCAAGAUGAUGGUCGGCAACAACCUGAAGGACCAGCAACUGCAGCAGAUCGUCGACAAGACCAUGAUGGAGGCGGACCAGGACGGUGACGGCAAGCUCAGCUUCGACGAGUUCAAGGAUAUGGUCGCCUCGACAGACAUCGCAAAGCAGAUGACUCUCGAGGACAUGUGGUGA